CAUUGUAAUGAGUGAAUCGAAGGUACAUGUCCAAACAUAAUCUCUACAUCACGUAAAUGCAUUUCUCACUCUAUUCCAAGAAGUACGAGUCGAUUAUGGGGGUGUAAUAAAAGGGCUCCUCAGACUGAUGGCUUUCACAGAGUCCAGUGAAGUGCUCUUGAGUUCAGGGUUUCCCUGUUGGACUGAAAGCUACAGUACGAGGUGAAGAGGGUGAUGUCUGAGCAAUGGCACUUUCAGCCAAUCUCACACAUCCCAGGAGGCACAGCUGAAAGUGGUUUGGUUUAUCUGGUUAAAAAGUAUUCAGAUGAAAUUCCUCAUGGUGAUAUAAUCUAUGGAAAAGCUGCUUUUGUUGUUCAGUAAUCUAAAAAACAUUGUAGGGCGGAAAUGUACUAGAUCUUUGUGUUUAUCUCCAGAAAUGUAUAAAAAAGAAAAAUUUCAAGACAGCCAGUCAUGAAGCCUAAUAGCAUAAAGUGGAUGAAAUAUGGGCUUUAUGAAUUUGAUUUCAACAUGUCAAAUGAAAGUACAAGCUGGAAUAUUGCCUAAGAGGGCUUUUUUGUACAAAUAAAGGUUGUUUAUUGGCAUCGAUGGUUCCAUGUAGAACCUUUUAACAUUCAUGGAACCUUUCCAUGGUUCUUUAUGGAGGAAAAAGGUUCUUCACACUAAGAAAAUAAUGGUUCUUUUAAGAACUGUUUACUUAAAAGUUAUUUGUGGAAGCCUUUUAAACUCUUAAAUAUAUUCAGACCACUUUGUCACAAAUCUAAAUGAUGUCAGAAUUGUCAUUUUUGGGUGAACGAUCCAUUUCAUCUGAUUUUUAUAGGGGCUCAAUGCAUUUUGCGUGCAUAUGCUACAUUAUCCGCCCCACCCCCUCCCCGCUUGUUCUGGCAGAGAAGGGCAAUGGCAGAGAUCUUCCCACUAGACAAUCUUCAGUUAGGCUUUUUGUCCAUGACUUUUCCCAUGGGCAAAUCUGGAGCUCUAUAUCACCGUUAACAGACCCUAAUCUGAGGAUUAACAAGGGAUACCCUCUAUCACAGCUUCCUCUCUGUGUGUAGUCAGCAGAUAGAAAAUUAGGGUCCUAAAAGGAACAAAUCUGUCCAGUGCUAGAGGCUUGUCAGUAUGGCUGGGUAAAAACAUAGAUUACUGAUUAAUCGCAGUCACUUCAUUAGAACGAUCCUGAUGUUGUUGCCUGAAAUCAUAAGAUCAGCGGUUGCAUGUUAAUGCAUUUGUACACCACUUUCUGUCUUGCAGAUGUGAUUGCAUUCUAUUGAUCUAAUUAACUUCAGUUCAUAGUUAGGGCCAUUUUGCUACUAUUUAUUUAUUGUUUUUUUUUGCAUCUUUAGCACCAUGCUAAAAGUAUGUUUUCCCUUAGUUGUGAAUGUGAGUUUGCAGUCAUUAUUGAAUUUGAUGCAGUGAAAGACUGUGUACCACAACUGCACAAAAUGUCAUUCUCUUGAGUACUGCGCGACCAGUGUAGUCCAAUUCACAAAUUCAAACAUGAAUUUCUUUCUUUUGUAAGCAUAAUAGGCAUAAAUGCUGAAAUGAAUACUUGUUGAAAUGGAAUCAAAAUGAAAUCCAAAUUUAAUUUAAUUUAAUCUGUAUUGAUGCUCAGCCUACUUUUCACUAAUUAUAAAGUUGACCAUUGCAGCUCAAACUAAUGUCAGGCACAAGUAUCAGUUUUCUUUUCAGUAUCAUAAUGUUGUUUGAUUUUACCCUCAAAAUAUUGUUUCAAGUCAAAAAGCAUUGUUUUAGCUCCUUUAGGAUGCAUUUUAAAUCAUUCAUUCUGGUUGCAUAUAAUCAUGCGAGAUAUAGUAUGUCUGUUCUUUUGUCAUAUUUAUUGUGUACAAGACAGAUGAACUGCAGUUUAAUCAUCUGCUGUAUUAGAGAGUCCUGUUACAUCAUCCAGGCAUAGAGGCUUCCUCUGAGUCUGUUUCUCCUGUAACACACUGAUUUUCCAUCAUCUCAGCAGCCCUAAAGACAUCUCCUGUGCUGGGGCUCAGGUUACCAUUUAGGGAUGUACAAAGAACACUUUGACCCACUUGAGAAAACAGAGUCAGACAUCCUCCUAGAGCCCAAAAACUGCUGAUUUAUCUUAGCAGAAACAGAUUAUACUUGCUGUACCACAGGCUCCUUUAAGUAUUGCACCUGAUGCCAAUGUCAACCAGCAAAUCUAUUCGAAGGAACUGCCGUAAUGCUUAGAAAAAUAAAAGGCAGUAACUACUUUUUGGGUUGUCGUUUAUGCAGUGACUUUUUAAAAAUAUGAUUUAAAAAAAAAAAAAAGCAUGCCUGAUUGGAGAUAGUAAUAUGCUGUAUGACGAAUAUGUACAACUACUGAAAAACUUUGUUGAUUAAAAUAAAUCUGAAAUAAAAAAUAGAUGAAAAUUAGACAUGUUGCCUUGGCAACUAACUGAAAUGUUUAAGUUGAAGCACUAAAAUUACUAACUGGAAAUAAAUACAAUCUAAAAUUGAAAUCAAAAUAAAUAAAUAGUAAUUUGGUUAAAAAAAAAAAAAAAGAAAGAAAAGAAAAGAAAGAGAACUUGCAGAGUUUAGCUUCAACCCAAAUUAAACACAACUGAACCAGCUGAUCAAGGUCUUCAGACUCAUUAGAAACUUCCAAGUUAGUGUGUUGAAGCUGGUUGGAGCUAAACUCUGCAGGAUGUUGGCCCUCCAGGAGCAGGAUUGGAUAGCACUGAUGUAAAAAAUAGCUCAACAAAGGAACCAUUAGUACUCCAAACUAAUGGUUGAACCAAACAAAAACCUCAUUUGAUUGGAUACAAGAAGCAGUCAAUUUGCUUCUGUAUUGCUGCUUUGUAAACCUUUUUUAGUUACAAUUAGGUUAUAUAUUGGCCCACAACAUUAUAUCUUCUGUGUUCAACAGAAGAAAGCAAGUCAUACAGGUUUGGAUUGACAUGAGGGUGAGUUAAUGACAGAAUUUUCAUUUUUCAGGUGAAUGAUCCCUUUAAUGUAGAGUGUAAAGGCAGGACUCUGAGGGGUAGCAUAGCAGGUUUAUGGCUCACAGUGGGGAAAGUUUGAGUGGUCUUUUGGGGAAGGUGACUGGACGGAAUAGAUCUACCUGCUGAGAGAACAGGCUCAGCACUGAAGGAAUCAUGCUGAGAGUGACUGGGUUUUCUAAGCCUUUUCCCACAUGGAGGUUUCCAUGCCUUUGAUGGCUGCUUUAAAAUGUCUGACGGCAGCAUUUGUAAUGUUAAAUGGAAAAUGUGUGUUCUGUAAUCAUUCCCUUUCCUGUAAUUCAUCUUCAUAGGCAUUGGAACUUUGUCAAAUACAAAAACAGCAUUUAAAGCAGCCUGAAAUAUGAAGAAUGUGUCAUUACACGUGAUGUUAUGUGACUAAUUUAUUCAUUUAUAAAAUCAUCAUUCUUUAAAGCAUUUUUGGGGACAAAAAAUGGUUUGUAGUCAAUUCAUACAUGUGAAAUAAGAGAUGUUUAUUGGUUUUGUGUCAGCAUCUUAAAACUGUUGGAGGCUGUGUUCAGGGAAAAGUUCUCUUCUAAACCCUAGGAGAUCUUUUCAUGUGGUGGACCUCCAGAUCUCAUGCAUUUUUCAUGGCUGACUUCACUUCCAUGGCUGCUUCCAGUCUGCGGCUCUACCUCAUAGUUCUUCAAAAGAUUUGGACAGUGAGAAGUAGACAGGGAAGCUGAAAGAGGGAGAAAGGAGGAACAGGUUGGGGAAAUGGCACAGGAUGGACCCAAACCUAUGUUCCUAUGAGCACGUGCACCACCCACUGUGCCACGGCUCCAACAUCUACAGAGGAAAUUGAAGGGGACAUGAAAAACACAACUCAAAAAAAGUUGGAAAGGCAUACAGAUUUGGGACUAAAUGAGGGUUUAUAUGUGGACCACACAUGUGGAAAAAGAGGGUUUGGAUUGUAGAGCUGUCAAUCAGUCACUCUGGUCUAGAUAUGGACCCACCAGGAAACAAGCAAACAGAUGGCUUGGUGUCUUGAGAAUGAAGCUUCCUCACCCACCCCCCACAAACCCCGAAAAUAAACCAUUGAUUUCCAGGAUUGAUUACAUCACUUCUGGUGGAUGGGUUGAGUUCUAUUUUUGGGGCAAGCGUCUGAUCCUGUGGGCCUAAAGCUGUUGAGGGGACUGGGCUUGAGCUUAUACUCAAGCAGGUGUCCCCACUGUCAUCUGUCUCACUUCACAAGGGAACCACCAGCAGAUCAACAGCAACCUUCUGACAGUAGAAGACGAGCAAUGAUGAACUUUAUUCACAUCUAAUAAGCAUCAGCAGACAUACACAGGCUGGAUGGCGCACUCUCACUGAGAGCAGAGAGACAGGAGGGAAUGACAGGACUGUCAUCUGUCUAAAGAAAAUUAAAAAGCACUACAAGAGUUCCUGAUGGUUUCAACCUUUCGUUUGGCGUCACAUUGCAGUUCCUAGACAGAGGCACGUCUCUAAGCCUGUAGAGGAGGACUGGUCUCACUAAGGUUAAAAUCCAUAUCCAGUAUCUUGAAACAAUUUGAACAUUCACACAAGUAAAAAAGAGUCCUGUGUGAUCAAAUCAUGGGGAUGCGAGGUCUGCUACUAGCCUCUGUGGCAGUAGCUGUUUUAGUUCAUCUCUCUAGUGCUGGCCUGGUUAAAAGAGUAAUAAGACACAGAAGAGAAUCAUUGUCACCAGCCACUGAGAACUUGACCCUCCCAAGUCCUGACCAGCCUGUGGUUUUCAACCAUGUGUACAACAUCAACGUUCCCUCUGGAUCCCUGUGCUCGGUGGACAUGGAUUCACCAGGAACAACAGAAAUGAAGCCAAAAUCGGAACAAUCUGACCAGCACAUAGAACACACCAUGGACGGGGAGAAUCAGAUUGUUUUUACACAUAGGAUUAACAUUCCCAAGCAAGCUUGCGGUUGUGAUAACCACAUGCCUGACAUGAAGGACCUCCUGAACAGGCUGGAAAUGCUGGAAGCAGAGGUAUCCAGUCUAAGGGAGCAGUGCACUAGUGGAACCAGCUGCUGUGGUGCUCAGGUUGCAGGUGAAGUCACAACCAAACCCUACUGCAGUGGCCGUGGCAACUACAGCACUGAGACCUGCAGCUGUUUGUGUGAGCCCGGUUGGAAGGGAGUCAACUGCUCUGAGCCAGAGUGCCCGAACUUCUGCCAGGAUCAAGGCCGUUGUGAGGAUGGCAAGUGUGUCUGCUUUGAAGGCUUUGGCGGGGAGGACUGCAGUAUAGAGCUGUGUCCUGUAGAUUGUGGUGAGAAUGGAGAGUGCAUCGACGGGGCUUGCCUCUGUGAGGAGGGCUUCAUCGGUGAAGACUGCAGUUUAACCAACUGCCUAAACAACUGCCUUGGCAGAGGGCGCUGUGUGGAUGACGAAUGUGUAUGUGACGAGCCUUGGACGGGGUUUGACUGCUCCGAGCUCAUCUGUCCUAACGACUGCUUCGACCGUGGACGCUGUGACAAUGGAACAUGCUAUUGUGAGGAGGGCUUUACUGGGGAGGACUGUGGGGAGCUUACCUGCCCCAAAAACUGCAACCACCGUGGCAGGUGUGUCAAUGGACAGUGUGUCUGCAAUAUUGGUUACAGCGGAGACGACUGCUCCAAGCUCACCUGUCUCAAUGACUGCAAUCAGAGAGGUCACUGCUUCAAUGGGAAGUGCAUAUGUGACCCCGGGUUCGAGGGCGAGGACUGCAGCAUUCUCUCCUGCCCGGAUAACUGCAAUGACCGAGGACAGUGCAUCAAUGGUGAGUGUAUUUGUGAUGCUGGGUAUGAAGGUGACGACUGCUCAGAGCUUUCCUGCCCCAAUAACUGCCACGAUCGUGGUCGAUGCGUCAACGGGAAGUGCAUUUGCAAAAUAGGCUUUGCUGGAGAAGACUGCAGCAUCAAGACCUGUCCCAAUGACUGCCAUGGACGUGGAGAGUGUGUAGAUGGCAAGUGCAUUUGCCAUGAUGGCUUUGCUGGAGAACAUUGUGGUAUCAAGACCUGCCCCCAUCACUGCCAUGGACGUGGACAAUGUGUGGAUGGCAAAUGUGUUUGCCACAAAGGCUUUGCUGGAGAAGACUGCAGCAUUAAAACCUGUCCCAGUCACUGCCAUGGGCAUGGACAGUGUGUGGACGGCAAGUGUAUUUGCCAUGAUGGUUUUGCUGGAGAAGACUGCAGCGUCAAGACCUGCCCCAAUGACUGCCAUGGGCAUGGACAGUGUGUGGACGGCAAGUGUAUUUGCCAUGAUGGUUUUGCUGGAGAAGACUGCAGCAUCAAGACCUGCCCCAAUGACUGCCAUGGGCGUGGACAGUGUGUGGACGGCAAGUGUAUUUGCCAUGAUGGUUUUGCUGGAGAAGACUGCAGCAUCAAGACCUGCCCCAAUGACUGCCAUGACCAUGGACAGUGUGUGGACGGCAAGUGUAUUUGCCAUGAUGGUUUUGCUGGAGAAGACUGCAGCAUCAAGACCUGCCCCAAUGACUGCCAUGACCAUGGACAGUGUGUGGACGGCAAGUGUGUUUGCCACACUGGCUUUACAGGUCAUGACUGCAGCGAGCUUACUUGCCCCAAUGACUGCCAUAACCGAGGACAUUGUGUAAAUGGCCAGUGCGUGUGUAAAAGCGGGUUCACUGGGGAGGACUGUGGUACAAAGUUGUGUCCCAACAACUGUCUGGACCGUGGCUACUGUGAAGAUGGAAAGUGUGUCUGCUUUGAGGGCUACACUGGUGUGGACUGCUCUGUUCUGACCUGCCCAGCAAACUGUAAUGACCAAGGCCAAUGCCUGAAUGGAAUGUGCAUAUGUGAUUUAGGCUUCACUGGCGACGAUUGCUCUGAAAUCUCCCCACCCAGAGACCUUACAGUGACUGAAGUCGACCCAGAAACAGUGGACCUCACCUGGGUCAAUGAGAUGCUUGUGACGGAGUAUCUUAUCACCUAUGUGCCUACUGCUAUUGGCGGUUUAGAGAUGGAAAUGAGAGUCUCUGGUGAAAAGAAGACAGCCACUAUUAGGGAUCUUGAGCCUGGCAUAGAGUACCUAAUCAGUGUCUUUGCUGUCCUGAACAGCAAGAUGAGUGUCCCCGUCAGUGCCAGAAUAGCCACACAUCUCCCUGAACCCGAGGGGCUGAAAUUCAAAUCGGUUAGAGAGACUUCAGUAGAGGUUGAGUGGGAUCCCUUGAACAUCCCGUUUGAUAGCUGGAACCUUAUCUUCAGAAACACAAAAGAAGAGGAUGGAGAGAUUUUGAAUUCUCUCACCCCUCCUGAGACCACCUUUGAGCAGUCUGGUCUAGGACCUGGACAAGAGUAUGAAGUUAAGCUUGAGGUUGUAAAGAACAACACCCGUGGACCCCCAGCCAGCAAGAACGUUGUCACAAUGAUUGAUGCUCCCAGCCAGGUGGAUGUGCGUGAUGUGACGGACACCACAGCUCUCAUCACCUGGUUUCAGCCUGUCGCUCAGGUGGAUGGAAUCUCCGUGUCCUAUGCCCCAAGCACAGAUUUGGACAAGAACACAGUCAAGCUUUCCUCCAUGGAUACCCAGUACCAUCUGGCUGAACUAUAUCCUGACACUGAGUAUGAGGUCUCUCUCAUGGCCCGCAGGGGAGAGAUGACCAGCUUUCCUGUCUAUCAGACCUUCACCACAGACCUGGAUGCCCCAAAGCACCUCAAGGCUAUUGAACAGACAGAUGAGAGUAUAACUCUGGAAUGGAAAAACAGCAUAGCCGACGUCCUCAAUUACCGUGUUAAAUACGGCCCACUUUCUGGAGGGGAGCACGGAGAACUGGUCUUCCCCAGCGGCCCGAAAGACACCACUCGGGCUAAAAUCACUGGCCUUAGGCCCGGGACUGAGUAUGGAAUGGGUGUGACGUCCAUUAAGGAAGAGCGUGAGAGUUUGCCUGCAACGACCAAUGCUGUGACUGAUCUUGAUGCUCCCAAAGACCUUCAAGUAAGUGAGACCACAGAGACCACACUGACACUUGUUUGGAGGAGGCCGGUCGCCAAAAUCGACACCUACGAGCUAGUGUUAGUGUCCGCGGAUGGCGAGAGAACUGAAUUGGAGGUACCUGGUGCUGUCAGUACCUACAUUCUGAGUAACCUGAACCCUGGCAUGCUGUACACCAUCAGCCUGACUGCCAAGAGAGGAAGAAAGAUGAGUGUGCCAGCCACACUGUCAGCAUCCACAGAUGAUGAGAAGCCUCAGGUGGGAAACAUCACCAUCUCUGAUGUGUCCUGGGAUAGCUUCAGUGUGUCCUGGGAACUGGAGAAAGGAGAGGUUGAGGGCUUUCUGAUUGAAGUGUCUGACCCAGAUGGCUUAUCUGAGGGCCAGAACCACACACUAUCCAGCCAGGAGUUUAGCCUGGCUGUCACUGACCUCUCCCCUAGUACUUUCUACAGGGUCACACUGUAUGGGCUGUUCAAGGGAGAUCUCUUAGAUCCUGUCUUUGCUGAAGCCAUCACAGAAGCUGAACCUGAAGUGGAACAUCUUUUGGUCUCGGACAUCACACCGCACGGCUUUAAACUGACAUGGACAGCACCCGAGGGCGUCUUUGAUACAUUCACCCUCAAAGUCGUCGAUUCUAAUGGACUGGGCCAACCACAGCAGAUUAGUGUAUCUGGAGACAAGCGAACAGAAGCAGUGACAGGUCUCAUUGAAGAUACAGAGUAUGAAAUCGAGCUCUUUGGGAUCAUUUUGGGACGGAAAUUCCAGCCCAUUUUGGCUGUAGCUCGAACAGGUCUAGGUACACCCAAGGGGAUACGCUUUUCUGAUGUGACUGAUACAUCGGCAACUGUUCACUGGACUAUGCCCCGUACCCAUGUAGACAGCUAUCGGGUCACCUAUGUACCUGUUCAGGGUGGCAGCCCUAUGACACUGAGAGUAGAUGGAGGAGAGUCUCAAGCCAUGCUGCCUAAUCUGACCCCUGGAGUGACCUACCAGGUCACUGUCUUUGCUGUGAAGGGCUUGGAGGAGAGUGAACCAGGAUCUGAUAGGGUCACAACAGCCCUGGAUAAGCCACGCGGUCUGACAGCAGUCAACAUCACCGACACCGAAGCCCUGCUGCUGUGGCAGCCGUCCAUCGCUACUGUGGACGGAUAUGUCAUCACUUACAGUGCAGACAGUGUGGCUCCAGUGAUGGAAAGGGUGUCUGGGAACACUGUGGAGUUUGAAAUAAGCUCCCUUACACCCGCCACCUUAUACACCGUUAAAGUCUAUGCAGUCCGAGAAGCGGCCAAGAGUGCUGCAACCACCACAGAGUUCACCACAGAUGUUGAUGCCCCUCAGAAUCUGGCUGCCAGUAAUAUUCAAACAGAAACUGCCAUGUUGACAUGGAAGCCACCAAAAGCAGACAUCAGCGGGUAUAUCCUUAGCUUUGAGUCUGCUGAUGGCGUUGUCAAGGAGGUUGUCCUAAGCCCCACAGCAACGUAUUACAGCAUGUCUCAGCUGACUGCCUCCACAGAAUACACAGUCAAACUGCAGGCCAUCGCUGGGCCAAAGAGAAGCAGAAUCAUCUCUACAGUCUUCACCACCAUUGGAGUUCUGUACAAGCAUCCUAAAGACUGCUCGCAGGCUCUGUUGAAUGGAGACACAGCCUCAGGCUUGUACACUAUUUACCUGCGUGGAGAUGAGAAUCAGCCCCUGCAGGUCUUCUGCGAUAUGACCACUGAUGGAGGCGGCUGGAUUGUGUUUGUGAGACGGCAGAGUGGUAAAGUGGAGUUUUUCAGAAACUGGAAGAACUACACUGCAGGCUUUGGUGACCUGAACGAUGAAUUCUGGCUGGGUCUCUCUAACCUCCACAAGAUCACCUCCUCUGGGCAGUAUGAGCUGCGUGUGGACCUCAGAGAUAAGGGAGAGUCUGCAUAUGCGCAAUAUGACAAGUUUUCAGUCUCUGAACCACGCACUCGCUACAAAGUCCAUGUUGGAGGAUACAGCGGCACUGCAGGUGACUCAAUGACAUAUCAUCACAGCCGUCCAUUCUCAACUUACGAUCAUGACAACGAUAUAGCUGUCACCAACUGUGCGUUGUCUUAUAAGGGAGCUUUCUGGUAUAAAAACUGUCAUCGAGUCAAUAUAAUGGGCCGAUACGGAGACAACAGUCACAGCAAGGGUGUAAACUGGUUCCACUGGAAGGGUCAUGAGCACUCCAUCGAGUUUGCAGAGAUGAAGAUCAGGCCCGCCAACUUCAGGAACUUUGAGGGAAGGAGAAAGCGAUCGUAAACCGGUGCACUCCGGCUCCAUCCAACCUACCCUUCUCUGCUGCCCAGUCUCCCUUUGUUCCUCCUGCAUCAUCUCAUCCCCUUCAUCUACCAAAGCCACUGCCAGGAGCCCAGCCUGCUCUCAACGCUCUCCUAUUCAUGGAGAACAAGAACAAAAAAAGUCUUCAAAGCUCCAUACACAGCUGUGUGUGUACCACUUCUGUUCAUCAGUAAACCAAUAGACUCAUAGUGAAGUGUUUAACAUUACACACUGUGCCUGUACAUCAUAAGCACACCAAAGACAGACACUCCAGUAACAUCUAUAUAAUACAAUACCGACGGAGGGGAGAUUUUGAGUUUGGCUUGGUGCUUUCCAGUAAAAAAAUAAAAAUAAUUAUAAUAUUCUUUCUGUAUAUCACAUACAGUUACAGUGGAGAGAGUUGAAUGUUUGUGUGUGGUAUUUUUUUUUUUUUUUUUUCAUUGGAGCCUCUUCCCUAGGCUGUGGUUAGCCACGAGAAUACUGUAUCCUUUAAGUUAUCAAUUAGAUUUAGAAGUUAAAUGGCACAUGAUAACUCAGCAUUUAAUAUGCAGGACUGUAUAAAACUAUCUAGCGAGGAGGCUCAGAGAUCUUUUCAUCUCUUUCUAGCCUGUCUGUGAUAAAUUUAAGUACCCAUGCUCUCUCUCAGUCUUCUCUCUCCCACAACUCAUGCUCAUCAGUUCUGAAGUCAAGUGGCACGUUUCUCAAACCAGUACCUUUACAGUACUGCUAAGUGGUCAUUUAUAUGCACCUUUUGUCGUGUUUCCUGUACCCUAUAACUACAUUGGCAUUCAGUCACAGAGCAUAAGAAUCUUGAUUUUGUUGCUUGUUAUUCUCUAAAAGAUUUAAAUGAAACAAAGGUUAAGGCAGGACCUAUGUUCAAUCUUUGGAUUAAGUGAUACUUUGUUCGCCAGUUAUGAGCUUGUAUAAUGUUCAUGAAUCAUAAAGAAAAAGUAAUGGCCAGGACAGGUUAUUGGAAUUAUUAUAAACAUAGCCUUAUAUGAAAGUUCUGUUCGAAAAAAAAAAAAAUAAUAUACAGAAUAAGUCUUCGUGUUUGCCCCCUCCCCUGCUAUCGACUAAACCACUGACCCAUACAAGACCUGUGUAAAUUAUGUCUCGUUUUGGUAUUUGAAUAUUUUUGUUUGUUUGUUUGUUUAUUAAAUGGGUGUACAACAGGUGUUUCUUUGUAACCCCUCUUACAAUAAAACAGAUUUUGUUUAAUAAA